AUGUCUCAGUUAUCUAAUUUUAUAAUAUUCGCCAAUAUCCUAUUGGCCAUUAGUUCAAAUGUGACCGCUAAAAAUGAUUGUGUUAUAAAAGAAUUUGACCAAGUUAAUGCAAUACUUAAAAGAUGCACCAACAUAGUAGUGGACAGUUUGGUUGUUCCUGGAGGACAACAGUUGCUUCUCCGAUUAACUGAAGGUUCCACUCUAGCGUUCAGAGGUACUACAAAAUUUGGGUUUGCUGAAUGGAUAGGAAAUUUGGUAGUUAUCACGGGAUCCAACAUUACCGUUUAUGGAGAAAAAGAUUCUCUACUGGAUGGUCAAGGCCCUUUAUGGUGGGAUGGUCAAGGUUCAUGGGGCAACGUCACAAAACCAAAAUUCUUCAGAAUCAAGAAUACUAAUAAUUCAAUUUUCUAUGAUAUCAAUAUCAAAAAUUGUCCAAUGGGUUGUACGCAAAUUGAACAAAGUGAGAAUGUAACUUUAAGAAAUUUUAAAAUCGAUAUUUCGGAAGGAGACGAGGGGGGUGGCGCCUGAAAAUAAAUUCGGCCACAAUACUGAUGGUUUUGGGAUUUCGAAAAGCCAAAAUAUACUUAUUGAAGAUGCAGUAGUUUACAACCAAGACGACUGUGUAGUUGUAAAUAGCGGUAAACAUAUUACUGCAAGGAAUUUGUUUUGCCAUGGAAGCCAUGGAUUGUCUAUAAGCGUUAAAGGAUCAGUAGUUGAGGAUGUAUUAUUUGAAAACUGUACUGUUACCAAUUCAGAAAAUGGUAUACACGUCAAAACUCGUACGGACGCAGGAGAUGGUUUGAUAAAAAAUAUUGUGUAUAAAGACAUUACUCUACUUGACUGCACAAUGUUUGGCAUAAGUGUACAGCAAAAUUACCAAAACUUGCCACAUGGGCAACCCCAAGAUGGACCUCCAGGUAACAACAUUCCCAUCGUUAACCUAAAAUUGUCAAAUGUUCGUGGAAAUGUUUUGGAUGAAGCUGUUCCUGUAUUCGUUUUGUGUGCCGAAGAAGGUUGUUUUGAUUGGAAAUGGGAAGGAGUCAAUAUGAAGGGUGCUCGCAGCAAUAAUUGUACCGGUUUCACACCUGUGGGUUAUAAUUGUUAA